GUCUCCGUGGCCUCUGUUGGCAGCCCUGCUCUCCCUACCGCUGUGCCUGUCGCAACUCCGCCGGCCGCAGCUCAAGCUGGACCAUGGAGGAGAGUGUACUAACUGCGUGGACGACAGCGUCGGAGGGCCAGAGAUCAACAAAUGGAACAUGCCAAUCUUCAAGUACAAAGAGAAGAGGUACUACCUAGGAAUCUUUUUCAAGGCGAACUGGUUCCGGGCAGCGCAGUAUUGCCGCUACCACGGCAUGCACCUGGCCAGCAUCUCCAGCCAGGAGGAGAACGACAAGCUUGAGGAGACCAUCAGGGACUUUGGUUACAGCUACGAACACUUCUGGGUCUCUGGUACCGACCUGGCGGAGGAAGGACAGUUCUUCUGGAUGUCGACUGGGAGACCGAUCACCUUCACGAACUGGAACACCGGAGAACCGAACAACUUCAGGUACGAGAACGGGGAAGAAGAGAACUGCCUGGAGCUGUGGGACCGGGAUGGCAAGGGGCUAAAGUGGAACGAUUCGGCGUGCAGCUUCGAAACCUACUUCGUCUGUGAGGUGGCCCCUUAGUGGCAUUCCACUUCGUCUGCGAGGUGGCACUCCACUUCUUGCGGGCACUACCUCAUCCUCUCUCCCAGCUCUGGUCGCGUCCACAAACUUCGCACCAACGCCCUCUAUUCACAUCGAUCAAAUUUAAUUUAUCUACAAACAUUUUAUUGUUAGAAUACUUCAAACAAAGCCUUGAAGAUUUCCAAAGUUUCGCCAACACAGCCACCAUCAAAACUUAUACCAGAGAUAACCUACCUCACGUGAGGUUCAUUUUAACAUGAGAAGCUCUGAUUAUCAGUUUUUAGUUUCGAAAUAAUAUAACCUAAAUAUCUUUUGUUUAAGCAAGAAACCGGUUACCUCAAUGCCAGAGGUGGGAGAUGGGACACAAGUUAUUAAUGAAUUUUACUUCUCAAACAUACAGUGUAGAUUUUGCAAUUGUCAUUGAAGUUCAUAAACAACCAGAACAUUUAAAAAAUUAGCAAUAUGGUGUUUUCACUCUGUAUAUAUUUAUGUAUGUUGUGUAAAUUUGUAAAUUAAAUAUCUUAUUAAAAUAAUUUUAAUAGUUAAGCUGUAAUAGAAACAUUAGUCAUGUACGAUUGCGCAAAUGAAACUAAAUAGGGACCUAUUAUGGUAUUUAUCAAGUUUCAUUAUAUUUCAUUUAUCUUAUUAAUACAUUAUUUAUAUAAUAUAGUCUUUAUAAGGCGGUAAAUCUUUUUUUUAUUAUUAAAUGUAAUCUCAUAAUUUUAACUACGGUUAUAUUUGGGUUUUGACUAUUUGGGCAACUUAUAAAAAAAAAAUAUUUUUCUGAUUUAUUGGAUUUCUACGUUUUUACGUUCUUCACUCAAAUUAGUUUUGUUUAAAUUGGCCAUUGAUCUAUGUUAUGGUCAAGUUUACAUAUUUUAAAAUUUCUAAUUUAGAUAACUACGUAUUCGAAUACGCUUAGCUAUAUUCUAACUCGAAAGAAUAAUUAAAGGACAAUCCAUUAGUAUUCAAUUUAUUUCUUCGAUAUAAUAUCUAAGAAUUUCCGCAUUGUAUUUUAUUUUGAUUUAUAAUCUAAUUGCUUGUUUGUAAAAAUUGUUGUAUAUGAAAAAAAAAUUUCAUUCACUUUUAAAUUUUAGAAUAGCGUAUUGGCAUAAAAUACGUUUGAGAGAAAAGAGAAACUUUUUAAAACGAAUUAAUUGGAAUCUGAAGCAUUUAAAAUUAUAUAUUACAGGAGGAAAGUGAGAUUGCCAUAGAAUUAUAUAACCUAUCACUCUUGAAACGGGAAGUUAAAAGGUGAUAUUUUUUUCAGUUUGUGCUCUGCCUUGAUUUGAAGUUUCUUCAGAUUUUGGAAAGCCUAUUUAAGUAGUUCAAGCAAACCAAAUUCAUAUUUCGACUCAUUAUUUGUUAUUAUACUUUAAUUAGAAGUACAAUAUUUUGUUUACUGAAGCCAUCUUUGCAGCAAGGACUAGACAACCAUUAAACGAUGUUCAUUUGAUACCAAGAUUUGUAUCAACAUCAGUGUCGCCAACUGAAAACAGUUUCUUGCCAAAGAAUUUGUAUUUUCGUUUAAGUAAAUGAAUUAAGUUAUUGAAUUGUGAAUUCAGAGAAGCCCUUAUUGCUAUCUAUAACCAAUGAUUAAUAUUUUCAAAGUUAUUUUUAGACUUGAAAACUUUUACUCAUUUUUUUUUUGGAAACAGUAUCUAUUAUACAAUUUUAGGAAGACUAGGCUAUUUGUUGACAAUUAUUUAAAUUUAAAUAUAAACAAAAAAUAAUGAUUUUCUUAUUUUUUCAAAUAAGUAAUAGUUUACAAAAGGGCUUCCUUAUAUAUAUAGAUAUGUAAGUUGGUAUUUUGAUUUUGCCAACAUUUUUUUUUCUCUUGUGAUUUUAUUUAAGUGAUUAUAAUUUCAUAACAUAUUAAGGUUUUACCAAUUAGUUAUAUAAGACAUUGAUUAUCGAGACUAAAGUCAAUAAGUUUAUUUUUUAAUUAUUGUAAAUAAACUUUUUAAUAUUUUUU